AUGAAGAUGGCUGUGUUCAGAGCAGUAUGUAUUGUGUUUCUAAUCACCCUCUUAUCUAAGGGUACCCACUCACAGUUAGAUGUGUGUGGUCAGGCCCCCCUCAACAUGAGGAUAGUGGGGGGUCAGGACGCCCCUCCUGGUGCCUGGCCCUGGCAGGUCAGCUUGCACAGAUCUGGCAGCCAUUUCUGUGGUGGCUCCUUAAUCAACAAAGACUGGGUGCUGUCAGCGGCUCAUUGCUUUCAAAGCAUUACAGCUCCACAGGUGACCGUCUUCCUGGGUCGUCAGACUCAGCAGGGAUCCAACCCAAAUGAGGUGUCAAGAAAGGUCCCUCAGAUCAUCAGUCACCCUGACUAUAACUCUGCCAACUUUGAUAAUGACAUUGCUCUGCUGCGUCUCUCCUCCUCUGUAACUUUCACUAAAUUCAUCAGACCAGUUUGUCUGGCUGCAGCAGGCAGCACCUUCUACAAGGGCACUGACAGCUGGGUCACAGGUUGGGGACGAAUUGCAGAAGGCGUCCCCCUUCCCUCACCUCAGACUUUACAGGAAGUGGAAGUGCCAGUGGUGGGAAACAGACAGUGUAACUGUCUCUAUGGUGUUGGCUCAAUCACAGACAACAUGAUCUGUGCUGGAUUAUUAGCAGGAGGCAAAGACGCCUGUCAGGACGACUCAGGAGGACCAAUGGUGAGUAAACAGGGCUCUCGCUGGAUCCAAUCAGGCGUUGUGAGCUUUGGGAUAGGCUGUGCCAGACCUAACUUCCCUGGAGUGUAUGCCAGAGUGUCCCAGUACCAAGACUGGAUCAACUCUCAGAUCAGCACUGACCAGCCCGGCUUUGUCAGAUUUACCUCCAGUGGCACUGAUGGGGAUUUGAGUGUGAGCUGCACUGGCCCACUUCCUGUCACCACCAAUACAACCACUGCCUGCAAUACCACCACUAAAACCACUGCCUGCAAUACCACCACUACAACCACUGCCACUAUUCUAACCACUCCCCCUGUGGUCUGUGGUAGUGCCCCACUGAACACUCUUCGUGUUGGGGGCAGUAGUUCUCUGGCGACUGGAGGCUUAUGGCCAUGGAUGGCCAGUCUGCACCGAGGAGGCAAACACGUAUGUGGGGGUACACUGAUCACUGAACAGUUCGUCCUGAGCUCUGCUGACUGUUUCUCCAGCUCCACCAAUGCUUCAGAAUGGACCGUGUUCCUCGGCCGUCUCAAUCAAAAUGGUUCCAACCCUAACGAGGUCUCUCUGAGGGUCAACAGCAUCACACUGAGUAACAUGACAGGCAACAACGUGGCUGUUCUGGAGCUGGCCAGCAAACCCACACUCUCAGACUUCAUACAGCCCAUCUGUGUGGACCGGGGAACAGAGACCUUCUCCACAGGAACACGGUGCUGGAUUGUGGGCUGGGGCUCAGGACAAGGAAGAGUUGAACAAACCCUUCAGCAAGUCCAGACUUCUGUGGUGGACUGUGGGAAUUCAUCCUCUACAGAGAAUAUUUGCACUGGUUUGGUGGAUUUACAGCAGGGUGAUGCUGGUGGCCCUUUGAUGUGUAAACAGGGUGUGGCAUGGUUCCAGGCUGCAGUUUUGGCUGUCGCUAACAGCACCUCAAACAGCAGCAGUGGCAGUAACAAUACAACCUCCAACAGCACAUCUUCUAACACCACAGCCUUUAACACCACAGUUGCCCCGGCAACCACAACCAUAGCAACUACCACUGAAAGUGGAGUUGUUUCUUUCCACUGA